AUGUUAAACAAUUAAAUAACUAUAAGGCUAAAUCAACUCCAAAUAGAUAAGCAGCUCUUCGUUGAUUUUCAUAUUCCAUUCCAAAUGUUAUCCUCCAAUCGAUACGAUAUCGAUACGAUAUGGAUCAAUCCGAUAUCAAAAGAUUAAGCGAAUGACAAGGAAAUCAAACAUCUAAUUAGCUAAUUCAAUUACAAUUCUGAAGCAAGAUUUACAUAUGCUGAGUCUUCAAUUCCUGAAAGUUGAA